UGCGCUGACUGUGAUUGGUCAGCGUAGGUGGAAGUGUUACAAACGGUGUCAUUCACAAAGUAACAGGAAUACAUUACAAUAGUGAUAAAGAAUGCAAUUAACUUUAAAAUAGUAUUUAGAUCAUUUUUUCCCCAGGCAUUUUUACACACGGAUCUUUUGAAGUUCACGUAAAGCCAAUUCUGGGGCGUAUUUUCCGUUUGUUCACUGAUUUAUCAGGAGAUCACACUUGAGAGAUUGUUUUAAAGGUACAUUUGUAUGUCGAAAAGAGAAAGUUGUUGCCUUGUAAUCCUUUAAGUGUAUAUCAAGUUGUGAAGCGGAUCACAAACUUUCACUAUUCAACAGUUAUAUGGUUUCAAAAAUGUCCUCUAAAAUGGUGGGCUCAAACAACCUGGCACAUGCUAGAAGGAUGGUACAGCAACUAAGAGUUGAGGCCAGUAUUGAGAGGAUAAAGGUAUCCAAGGCCUCUGCUGAUCUCAUGCGUUACUGUGGAGAAAACGCCAAAUACGACCCCCUGCUCAUGGGCAUUCCUGCCUCAGAAAACCCCUUCAAGGACAAAAAGCCUUGCACUAUAUUGUAGUGUAAAAAGCACUACAGGCAUCUUAUUUAAUAAUUACUAUUACUCAACUUUGCCUUACAUCCAGCUCUAGAUCCUUAGUAUAACUUUGUGCCAUGUCUUAACUGUAUUUAGCUCUUACAGUAUUUAUUACUGUAAAUAAACUCCAAUCAGUACUAAUUAAUUGCCAUUUUGGUAAUGAUUAGCAUUGUGUCUCAUCUUUACCAGCAUCACUUGUCCUCUGUUUGGUUGUUUGGGCCAAACUGAAGUCAUUCCAGGAAAA